CGGAUGAGGAGGUCGAGCGCGAAGAGCACACAGCAGUUGUGCAGAAUCAACUCAGUAACGUCAGCAAGGAGAUGCGAGAGGCGUUCACGAUCAUACUGAAGGGUACGGCGAGAGGAAGGCUGGUCGCGGAACAGUUUCACUCCAUAGACGAGAAGUUCGAGCCCAUCUGCUCCAACAUUACCAAGGAAGAAUGUGCGAAGGCUCGCGCCGCCACUACUGGCACCCCCAGUAUUUGCUCCUGCGCACACUUCCGUCCCCUCAUCCGUCCACAUACCGAUCCCUCCCUUGGUCACUGCUCGUACCUCAAUACCUGCUACUCCGAGCCGACGUACGCGCAGUCCCCGUCAAUCCCUCCAUUCCCCGGCACCGCGCAUAGCCAUGGUAUGGCACCCCCGAACAGCCGCGUACCCACGUCGCUGCCAUCCGGGCUGGGCGCCGGCGGCAGGGGGAAGGAGAAAGCCCCGUGUCGAUACCUGCACUACGAACUCGAUUGGGAUGUUGGUGAUGAGCGCGAGCAUCAUCAGCACGCAGCGAGGGAGAUGCAGCGCAAGCGGGAGGUGGAGAAGCGGAAGAAGAUGCACAGGCUCGAGCUAGGUUUGGGCCCGAAUGGGAACAAGACCGAGAUGCUGCCGCCGCAAUGGAUAAAUUGUGACCUUCGACGCUUUGACUACUCAGUACUGGGCAAAUUUCAUGUUAUCAUGGCCGACCCGCCAUGGGAUAUCCAUAUGAGCCUUCCGUACGGCACUAUGACAGACGACGAGAUGAAGGCAAUGCCCAUCCCGAGGCUGCAGGACGAGGGCAUCCUGUUCCUCUGGGUCACCGGACGUGCUAUGGAGGUCGGCCGCGAAUGCCUCCGCGUCUGGGGCUACACUCGCGUCGACGAGAUCGUCUGGAUCAAGACCAAUCAGCUCCAGCGCCUCAUUCGCACCGGCCGCACCGGCCACUGGCUCAACCACACCAAGGAGCACCUUCUCGUCGGCGUGAAGAACCCCGCCGACCCCUCGCAGCCCUUCCGCCUGCCGCCUUGGGCGAACCGCGGCCUCGACACGGAUGUCAUCGUCUCCGAGGUGCGCGAGACGAGCCGCAAGCCGGAUGAGGUGUAUGGGCUCAUCGAGCGCAUGUGCCCGGGUGGGCGCAAGGUCGAGAUCUUCGGGAGGAAGCACAACGUGCGGCCUGGCUGGCUGACGUUGGGCAAUCAGCUGGGACCGGAUCAGGUGUACGAGGAGGAGUUGAGGGAGAGGAUACGCGCACGAUAUCCGGAUCGCUUACCGGACCUACCAUCCACGACAUGAACGCAGAAGGAGAUGCAGAACUGUAGAUCCUGUAUUUGCCUAGUGUCGAUAUAAUUCAUAUCGGCGAUUCCCAUAGUUCAUCCCCACCCUUUUCCCUUGCCGCGCUUCCCCUUGUCCCCCCUCCCCUCCUUCUUCGGCUUGUCC